GCGUACAGUUGAAGCGGGAACAAUGGCGUCAAAACGUUCUCUGUAUAAACCUGCUCCCGAACAAAGCGGUGGAAAUCAUAGUCAUAGGAGACCAUUAGCCCAGGGUAGACUCAUCUCAAAUAUCAGCAAUAAUGGGGAGUCAAUUCUGUCAAACACUCAUGACAGUGGAGCAAUGGAUCUUACUACAUACAGCACAAAAGGGCAUGACGUCAGCCUUACUAUGCAACAUUCCCCCUUUGACAACUCAUCCCAUAAUGCUCAAUCUCCAAGACAGAGACUUACCAGACUAAUUAGUGGUGACAGUGCAAUAGGUGAUCAGACAGCCACUCCAAGAAGGAACUCCCCAAGUGUAACACAACCUUAUUCACCAAGAAAAGAAGACCCAACACAUUCCUUAGAGGUGUCAGAUCUAGAGAAUGAACUCUCAUACAGUCAAAUGAAGUCCAGACUUUCCAAGUCUCAUUCCCCUGCCAAUGUCAUGGUGGUAGAUGCAAGUCGUAGGACCAUAUCCCCUGAUAAAUCUGAAGUUGAUAUUGUCACAGGCUAUGAACACAGUCCUGUCAAGGUGGUUUGCCAUACUCCAGGAGUAGUACAAUCAACUGAAUCAAGCCUCAGGAACAGUGGUAGCGUUCAAGCAGCUUCUACCGUUGCAGUGGAUCAUCCUCCUAGUAGUAUAAUACUCAGUGGUACAGAUAUAACAGACCCAAGUCUGAAGAAACCACCUGAUAGAUUUAAAUCUCCCAUGGUAGUCCGUGAAAGUACAAUAGCUGGGAGUAGUAAUGUUGACCCAUCUUCACUGUCUAAAUCUGUAAAUGUUGCCCAUACAAAUGAUAAACUGGAGGAGACAACACUUCAACACAGACAACCACAGCAGCCCAAGAGAAUCAUAGGGGAUGGCAAAAAAUUAUCCCCAACAGAAAAUCAGGAGUCUGUGACUGGAUAUACCUCACACAGACCAAAAAUAAUGUCAAAGACAAUGGAUACCAGUCACGACAAGAAGAAACGAAGGAAGAUGAAAGGAACAGUGAUUCCAUCCAGGUUUAAACAGAGUGCUGAAACAGUGAAAAUUGCAGGCACUUCUAAAAUGACCGAUAAGUCUUCACUUGAGCUGACUACUAACUUGCGAGCCUCGAGAUUAGACUCAUCUGGCCCGAAACGCCCUGGAUCUGCAAGGAAAAAGCCAGCUGCUUCAGAGUUUCAUGCUACUCCAAUGGUUAGAGGCUCUAGCCAAGUUGGUGGUAAGACAUCCACCCCUACAGCAAAUGUGUCUUUGUUCCCUGGCCAGGAUGUAUCUGCCAUUGUGCCAGAUAAUCUCUCACUCUUGCCAAAUACCAGUCAAGAUAUAUCCCACAUUGAAAGACCAGCUAGUCAUAAGAAAGUGGCCAGUAAAACACUAGCUCGCACAAAACAACGAGAUAUUAGUCAAUCAAGACCCAGGGAAGCAAUAGAAUCUCAUUCUCAAGGAACUCCAAAGAAGAGUGCUCCAAAAGGUGCAAGUAUGGAAGUUGUGCAGCAGCAUUUGGAUGUUACCUAUGCACGUUAUCUACAGAUGCUUUAUUUAGACUCCAAAGCUAAGAAAGUCUUCCAAGAGCAGGAAAAAGAAGUGAUGGCUCAGUUAUAUGCUCUAUGGGAAGAGGUGGAGGCUUUGAGAAGAAAGGACACGUCUCUGGACAUUGAACUCACCAAACUGAAACAUUCUAAUGCUCUGGAUGAACAGCUUGAAAUACAGCAAAGUGGUCUAGGCCCAGUGACUGCCACCAUUCCAAAAUUGCGACAAGAAUAUGGCACCUUAGCACAAGCCCUGGAUACUACCAGACACCAGAUACCCCUACGAGGCAUUCAAGUCCCUGAUAAUGAGGAGGCAUUUGAUGAGAUGCUGUUGUCAUCUCUCAAUGAAAGUGAACAGCUACUUGGUGAGUUGAGUGUGAUGCACAGGGAAAAACAACCUAAAGUUACUACAUUUGCUAACACAUUAUCAGCACUCCAGAAGUCUGUAGAGGAAGAAGACAAAGAACUGAAGAGGUUAACAGAACUGCUGUCUGCUGCAAAAACUCUAUCAACUCGAGAAAGCUCAUUGAAAAUACAACACUUCCAGAAUGAAAUCUAAAAGAUUCAACGAGUUUCCUUGAUGCUGUAGGUUAGGAAGUGAAAUGUUGCCAAAAAUCAAAAUGUAUGAACUAUGCAGAUAUUUGUUGACUUGUUCUACGAUUGUGAAACCUGGAGACAAUAACAUUCUGCUUGAUUUGUAUACUAUUUCAAAUGGUGCUCAUUAGUGUAGAGUUUGCACAAUCAUGUUGCUUUGUAUACUAUCACAUUUCUUGGUGUAUUAUCAAGAGUCCUUGUGUACAAUCACACUGCUUGUACA